AUGGCACAGUCUAACUCGUCGAAUAGAACGUUUACGAUUCCGCUAAACAACAUCUACGGUAUAGUGCUCUACACUGGGCGACAUACUAAGCUCUUCAAAAGCGGUAUCAGAAGGACCAAGAAAAGUUCACAACUUGCAAGUCUUCUGAACUAUGUGAUGAUCACUCAGUUUGGAAUUGUGCUGCUGCUUUGUUUGGUACACGCACUCAUGGGCCGCCUCUAUCAACCGCUCCCUUUCCUCGUCUCACAAUUCACCAACCAUUUUGAUGAUUCUCUCAUGUCUAUCUUUCUACAACAUCUGGUGCUAUUUAGCGGCUUUAUACCUAUUUCUUUGUACGUCACCCUAGAACUGGUUCAAAUUAACAAGCCGGACAUUUAUACACAAUGUAUGUCCUGUACGAAUAAAGACGAGUUGAUGGUCGACGAACAUGGGCGUGGUCCCGAUGUAAAAAUGUUCUCUUUGAAUUCGGAACUUGGUGAUGUUAAAUACGUGAUGUCGGACAAAACGGGCACAUUGACACAGAACUGUAUGCGAUUUCGUAUGUGUUCAGUAGGCGGCGUAAAGUAUGCGAAUCGAAAAUCAAGGAGGGACAGAACAUUUUCACCAAAGAAACUUCUCGCUCACAUUGCUAGUAAUCAAAUGAAUAAUGCGCAUCAAAUUCGUGAAUUCCUUUUGGCGUGCGCUAUUUGCCACACAGCAUCUCCUGACAAGAACACAUGCGAUGCCGAUCGGCCUUUGUACCAUGCCACUUCCCCUGAUGAACAUGCUCUUCUAAACUUCGCAGCUGAUGCUGGCUUUGUCUUUAGAAAACGGGCCCCUGGAAAAUGCUUCAUUAAUGUGUUGGGAAACCCAACUGAAUACGAUUUGGUGGCGAUUCUCGAGUUUGACUCGGAACGGAAACGAAUGUCAGUGAUAGUAAAGGAACCCAAUGGCAAAUAUAAACUUUACAUCAAAGGAGCGGACCAAAGGAUUUUCGAGCGACUCAAAAGCGUUUCACAUAAGGAACUGAAACGUACAGCUGGUCAUUUACAGCAGUUCGCAAUCGGAGUGAGACCACCAAAACGAAAAGAACGUCUCGCACAACUCGCAGAGGACAUUGAAAGGGAACUUGUACUACUUGGAGUGUCUGCGAUCGAGGAUCGCCUUCAAAAGCACGUACCGGAGACCUUGGGACGACUUGUUACUGCUGGAAUUCGUGUCUGGGUACUUACAGGCGACAAACUGGAGACUGCUGUUAACAUAGGGAACUCUUGCCGACUUCUCUCCGCGAAAGCACCCAUGAUGGUGUUGUCAUCGACCAGUGCUAAAGGAGCCAAAGAAGAACUGGGUAAGAUAGUCGACCAACCAUGGUAG